GCCAUGCUGACCUGUGCCUUCUGUGGGGAAGAGAUGAUGUUGGAGGAGGACAUGAAGACACAUCUCCUUCUCAGCCACAUGGAGAAUGCCUCUCGCUGCCCGCUCUGCUCCCUGUCAGGAGUGUCCUACGACGAGCUGAGCUUCCACAUCAGCUCUGCACAUCCAGAGACGCAGCUCGGAGCGCAGGACCCCCCCCACAUCACACCCCCUGCAGGCCGCUCUGCUGCAGCUAACACUCAGAGCCACAAAACCCCUCCCUCCUGCUGGGCUCAGGACAGCUGUGAUACAGAUGCUGAGGCAACACACUGUACUGACACUAUAGACUGCCAUAAACAAGACAUUACAUCCAAGAGUCAGGCUUCAUCAACUGGGGAGACCGCAACAAUUCAGAGCCCUAGAAGAAGGCAAAAGGCUGUGGCGCUCUCUAAUAACAACAAUAAGGGAUUUAAAUCUGAGCACAGCAAAGCCAAACAGAAGCGGCUGUCUUCAAAGAGAGAGGAGGAGCUGUUCUCGUGCCCCAUGUGUCCUCAGGUGUGCAACAGCUGUGAGAUGCUGCAGGAGCAUGUAGAGCUCCACCUGCAGGAGCAGCACUCAGCUGGAGGGUCAGCACAGGAGGCGUGUUCACCAGCCAUAACAUCACCAUCAGCCCUCCGUCUCUCAGGUGUGUGUCCUCCCCUCUGA